UAUAGCAGACGAUCACGGCUAUGCGCGAGAGAGAAGCCUGGAGAGAAGCAGGCUGGAGGGUCGCGUUGGAAUUCAGCAGCAAGCUGAUUCCGUCGAAGACUUGUCUGACACGUACGAGGGAGGGCACCUCGACGGCGCACCGGACAGCGACGUCUACGAUUGAGAAGGCCUCACGGCCAGUGUCGCCGACCCUGAAGACGACGAUGAGGAAGACGAGGAGGAGGAGGGGGAGAAGGAGGAAAUGGGGGCCGCAGGGACAGGAUCUGGCAGAGACGACGACUAACGAAUGACGGAGGGGACGAAUAGCACGGACAAGCCCCUCACACACGCCGACAGAGUCGGCGGAUUCUGCAACCGGGGAUCCUCAGCGACGCGUCGGCAUCCCCGGCAUCGGCUUCCCAAGAGGUGGGCGUGUUGCCGUCGUGCUCCGAGGGGCCAGCUUUCGCGGGAAGGGUGGCAAGACUCGCAAGAAGGUGGGGUGUGUGAACGACACGGAAUCCCUCGAGAGGCAGGGAAGAGCCACGGACUCGCUGGUGCGCAACGUGAUCGCGCGGUUCGAGCACUACGGCAAUGAGGUGGACGUCGUCGUGACUGACCGGGAAUGCAACCUUACUGACGAGAGGAUUGUUUCUAGGAUCGGGAGGGAGCGCGUCAAGGUGCACAGCCAAAACGCAGGUGGUUGCCAGAGAACCAACAUCAUGUGGGCGAUCGGCCAGCUCCGAAACUACAGUGCUGAGCAUAACAUGCUCGGCAGCUCGUGUGGGCCGUCGAACAGUUCGUGCGUGUCGGUCGAGUACAGUUUGGUCCUCGUCGUGCGUCAUGACACCGUCUGGCAGGUGCCCAUCGACCAAUGGCCCGAUGCAGAUUUCAGGAAGGUCUUGUUCCCGUACCACUGCCCGUACCAGGAAGGCGUGCAUGAUCUGUUCGCGAUCAUGCCGGGGCCAUACCUCCAAUUCUUCUACGACGCUCUCAGAUGGAAAAUGUGUUUCGGUAAGCAAGACGGACACAAUUGCAUGAAAGGCAUGGUGCAACAGACAAAUCGAAGCAGCGUGGGUGUUGCUUUGCGAGCACCGUGGGCUGGCGGGAACAAAACGCUCAAUGUAUUUGAUCUGUGGUAUACGUAUGGCAAGAAGCGACAAUUCUGUUGAGUUGUAGUGACAUUCUGACUGACUGGGUCCCUCAUGUCUCGCCCGCGCUUCGUGACC